AGACGACGUGUUUGCCUCUGAUUGGAGGGAGCCGAUGCGUCUUUUUCAUCGUCAUCCAUGUAAUUUGGGAUGUGUGGUCGUAGUUCUUUGCGGGGAGAGAAGGGGAGGUUAACUUAUUGAUGCAUCAAAGUGAACUCAGGUCCAAUGGCAUCCAUUGUCACCGCUGUUAACGGAUGCGAGGUUGCUUUAUCCUCUGCUGAUGGAGGAGGAUAUGGCGCCAGGCCAGCAACAUUGUUUAGAAGGAGAGGGUUUCUCUUAUCUGUCAUGUUUGCACCGUCGACGGCCGCUGUUGCAGCUCCCCAAGUCAACGACUCCAGGACUGAGCUUCUUCAAAGAUAUCUGAAGAAAUCAAAGGAGAACAGGGCCAAAAAUGAGAAAGAGAGGCUGGAUGAUUAUUACAAGCGAAACUACAAGGACUAUUUCGAAUUCUUGGAAGGGUCCAUCAAGGCAAAGAAAGACAAACUCUCAGAAGCCGAGAAAGGAAUUCUCGACUGGCUUCAGACCAACAAAUGAUUGCCGAUUCCAUCGUAGUGCGGCACUGGUGUCCUUCAAAUCAAAUAAAUGGUUUCCUCUUUCUCUUGUUCAGCUUUGAGGGAAUGAAGAAGUAACCGGAUAUGCAUUAUUCUUCUUCUUUCUGUGCCCUCCUUAUUGAAGGCCCUGGUGGGAAAACUCUUUUAGCUUGCUGAAAGUGUGGCACUGGUGCCUGUUACCAUUCCUAUUCUUCCAAGUGGGGUUUUGUAUUACAUAUUAAUAGUAAGUAAAAUAGAAAUUAAAACUUGUGCAAACGGUAGACAUAGCUUUAAAUGUAACAAAUAUUAGGACUGAAUUGCUGGAUUUUCCUUUAUUCGUUUUA